UGUACUGACCAUUAAAUAUGGUGCGUAAGUUCAGUGACUAUUGUUUAGUGUAUGAACGUCAAAAUGUUGUGGAGGUUUUUAAUAUUGUAUUUUUGUUUUAUGUGCUGUGCGCAGGAGGAACUUGACAAGACUCAAUUGACCCUUCUGAAGAAUGCCUUCGACGCCUUCGACCAUGAGAAGAAAGGAAUCAUCAGCACUGACAUGAUUGGUACAAUCCUGGAAAUGUUAGGACACGAGAUUGAUGAUGACUCCUUAAAAGAAAUCAUUGACGAGGUUGACGAGGACGGUUCGGGCGAAUUGGAGUUCAAUGAGUUCUGCAAGCUGGCGGCGCAGUUCCUCACAGAAGACGAGGAGCCCGACAGUGAGGCCAUGACGGCCGAGCUCAGAGAGGCCUUCAGAUUAUACGACAAAGAAGGUAACGGUUACAUCACGACGGACGUACUGCGUGAGAUCUUCAAGGAACUGGACGCUUCUAUUCCGAAAGAUGACUUGGACGCCAUGAUUGAAGACAUUGACUCUGAUGGCUCGGGCACUGUUGACUUUGAGGAGUUCCUUGAAGUCAUGACUGGUGAAUAAAUUUCUGGCUGGUUUAGGUUCUCUUUUAUAUUAUUAGUUUAUUUAUAAAUAUGUUAUUUAACUAUAUUAUUAAACAACCUAAGUGAUAUCUAGAUUAAGUUUCGACCAAAAUUCAAAUUUGCUGAGCCUUUACUCUGUUUAAGGCACUGGAAGGUUGAAUUUUGAUGAUACCUUUUAAUGUAUUUAUUAUUGG